AUGGCUGACCGCCAGACAAUCAUGGAGACCAACCGGUCGAUCCGGACCAUCAAGAACGAACUCGAGAACCUCCUCGAAAAGGGUGUCAUCGACGACGAUGCUUACGAGAACAUUCACUCCAUGCUCCCCGCCGAAGCUCCCCUUCGAGGCGGCGGCAGCGCGCCCGCCCGCGCAACCCCUUCCCAGGCGGCCAGCCCCGCGGCACCACCUCCGACUGAGGCCAUGGCCAACAUGAACAUCAACAACCAGCAGCAGCAGAGGGCGAACCCUUCGCCGGCGCCUCCCUCCUACGCCAACUCGACUGGCGGCGCCGCCGCUGCCCCUCCACCGGGCCCCCCUCCACCCCCGUCCAAGCCCAUCCUCGCCCACGCCCGCGCUCUCUACCGCUACCAGGCGGCCGACUCGCGCGACCUCUCCUUUGAGCGCGACGACAAGAUUGCCGUUCACGAGUACAUGAACGCCGACUGGUGGAUGGGUCGCAACUCUCGUACCGGCGCCGAGGGCAUCUUCCCCAAGACGUACGUCGCCGUCGAGGCCGCACCACCGCCGGCGCAAGACCGCGCCGCCCCCCACAGCGCGCCCCAGCAGCCGGGCUACCACAACCAGCCGCCGAUGCAGCAGCUCUGGCCGCCGCCCCAGCAGCACCAGUAUGCGCCGCCCCAGCCGCAGUACGGCCAGCCCUCCGGCCCGCCGCCCCAGCAGAACCCCUACAACUCGGACACGCCGCCGUCGGCCAUUGCCAACCAGGAGAGCGCGCCGGCGGACGGACAGCACAAGGACGGCGCCGGCAAGGCGAAGGAGUACGGUGAGAAGUUCGGCAAGAAGCUCGGCAAUGCGGCCAUCUUUGGUGCGGGUGCCACGCUCGGUGGCAACCUCGUCAACAGCAUCUUCUGA